AUGCCUUCUACUUCAGACUUGGAAAAGUCCAACCAUCUUCCAGACUCACUCGAAGGGGAAGACCCGAAGUCAUUUAGUCCCCUCUAUAAGGCGUUUAUCACAUGGGAAAUGAGUAUGCUCGCCUUCGUCGGCUCUCUGGGUUCAUCUAUCAUGUCACCGGCACAGGCGGAUUUGGCGAUCUAUCUUAAUAUCAGUGAACAAGUUACAGUAUUGAGCUUGUCACUCUUUGUUCUCGGAUACGCAUUUGGCCCGCUUAUUUGGGCACCGAUAAGCGAGGUUUACGGUCGACGGUGGUCCAUGCUUCCAGCUGUUUUUGGGCUGUGCAUUUUAAGUAUCGGAACCGCUGUGAGCAAGGGCCCGGCUAGUGUGUUCAUUACGCGCUUCAUCGGGGGUGUUUUUGGCUCGGCGCCCAUCAGCAAUGUGUCUGCGGCGCUGGGUGAUAUUUAUGAUCCAUGCGUGAGAGGAGUACCUAUGGCCUUCUAUGCACUUUGUGUGAUCGGAGGGCCAACUAUUGCACCACUUGUCGGUGCAGUUCUAACGGUCGAUCCUCACCUUGGAUGGCGAUGGACUGAGUAUCUGGAAGCCAUUAUCGCUUUUACCGUCUUGAUGAUUGCGGUAAUCUUUCUGCCUGAAACAUAUGCCCCGGUACUUCUCCGAAGAAAAGCUCAGUUGACGCGAAAGAAAACCGGCGAUCCAAGCUACUGGCACGCAUCCGAGGGAACCAAGAUGGAUUUGAAAACAAUUGUUACAAAGCAAUUAAAUCGUCCUUUGCAAAUGUUCUUUUUAGAGCCAAUGGUGUUCACAAUUGCCUUGUAUGCCUCUCUGGUUUACGGGCUGCUGUUCUUGACUCUCGAAGUCUUCCCCAUUGUCUUUAAAGAGCAACGCCAUUGGAGCUUCGUCAUUUCCACGCUUCCAUUCUUGGGUCUACUGGUUGGCGUCAUCUUCGCACUGAUGGUCAAUAUUGUCAAUCAGCCGCUUUAUGCCCGUGCUGUUGAAAGAAACAACGGCAAGGCGGUUCCAGAGGCGCGUUUACCACCAAUGAUAAUUGGAGGUUGUCUCUUUUCGACUGGUCUCUUCUGGUUUGGAUGGACCGCAGACCCAAGUAUUCCAUGGGAGUCGCCUACAGUCGCCGCCGGAUUCAUUGGUGCCGGGUUUAAUAUUGUUUUCCAACAAUGCCUCAAUUUCUUGAUAGAUACUUAUGGUCAAUAUGCUGCAAGUGCCGUUGCAGCAAACAAUCUUCUUCGUUGCUUAAUGGCUUGUGGGCUGCCAUUGGCGGCGAGACCCAUGUUUCUGGGAUUGGGAGUGGGACCCGCAUCGAGUAUACUUGGUGGAAUAUCUCUUCUGGCCUUGCCUGUCCCUUUUUUGUUCAUGAAAUAUAGUGGUGCACUUCGCAAAAGAUCAAAGUUCGUGACUUCGUGAACAAUGUCAAAUGGUGAGGACAAGGACGUGUCAAGGCGAAGAAAGAUUUUAGAAUUAGAACCCGAUUUAUUUACUUGUAUUAAAAAGUCAAUGGUAAAAUAUC